AUGAUGGAAAACUACACCUACAACAGCUUCACACUCCAGCUGGAGGGGUUAAAUGUCUCAAAGGACUCGGUCUACCCUGUGUUUCUCUGUCUCUUUUUCUCCUACUUAUUUAUAAUUGUUGCAAAUGUUGGCAUUGCUGUUCUUAUUUUCAUGGACAAAAACCUUCACCAGCCUAUGUAUCUACUUUUAUUGAACCUAUCAGUCAAUGACCUAUUCGGAAACUCUAUCAUACUGCCCCGACUGCUCAUAGACAUGUUGCGUCCUCCCUCUGAACGCCUCAUCAGUUAUUAUGAAUGUGUGGUUCAAGCUUUCACCACACACAUGUCCAGUACCGCUGUUCACACAGUGCUCAUGAUUAUGGCCUUUGACAGAUAUGUGGCCAUCUGCAAUCCCCUGCGUUAUUCUGCCAUAAUGACCAAUAACAUGGUGAUCAAGCUGACAGUUUCUGCCUGGGGAGUGGCCUUUGUUUUGGUCGGGAUUCUGCUCGGUCUGACCAUUAGACUGAACCGAUGCAGGACUCUGAUCAGAGGCAUAUACUGUAACAAUGCCUCACUGUUUCAACUCUCCUGUGAGAGUGUUUUUAUCAAUAAUGUCUACGGUCUCACUUUCACUGUGGUCCUGUUCACCUCCUCUAUAGGCAGCAUGGUCCUCACCUAUACUAAGAUUACAGUAGUCUGUCUGACCAGUAAGAACAAGUCUCUGAACAGUAAAGCCUUAAAGACCUGUAGCACUCAUCUGAUUGUGUAUCUGAUUAUGUUUCUCAGUGGAAUGUCUGUGAUUGCUCUGCAUCGCUUCCCUCAGUACUCAGACUACAGGAAACUGUCAAGCGUUUUGUUUCAUAUUGUUCCUGGCAGCCUCAAUCCCAUUAUUUAUGGUGUAGCAGUCCAAAGAGAUAAAAAAGUUUUUGUCAAAGUUGCUUGAGACCAGGAAAAUAUUCCCACACGUAGAAAAAGAAUUUCCAAGUUACAUUUCUAAAUUAAUCAACACAAAUAACAUAAAAUGUGGACUAAGA